GAUUUGUAAAUCUCACGUGUCAUCCAUCAGAAUGGAUAUCACGUGAGACCUGUUCUCAUAGAAUUAUUUUCCCCAUCCAAUGCAUGGAAACAAAUGAUGCGUAUCCCUACUUUUAUUCCGUCUCUUCAUUUCAAAUGUUAAUGCCACACAUUUAAUGGUGCAUAAGUACGUCAGAUUCCACUAAUUAAUGGAUUUGCUUAUACGGGCUGACCGCUGACGGGCACUUGCCGUACGUGGUGGAUACCAUGCCGCCCAUUAUCAAGCCGCUUAUAAACCGAGCGCAUCUGGACGUACGGCAUUGUUCUUGUGUGUGUGUGUUUGUGUGUGUUACCGGCUGUGAACCGGAGUGUCGGAGGCGUCAAUGGCACGACCAAGCAUGGGCGCCGUCGCCCUCGUGCUGCUUCUGGCCUGGUGCUGCGCGGCGACCACCGUGCGAGCGAGGGAGUGGAUCGUCGGCGGCGACAAGGGGUGGACCUUCGGCGUCGCCGGCUGGGAGAACGACAAGCCGAUCCAGCCCGGCGACACGCUCGUGUUCAAGUACAAGCCUGGAGCGCACAACGUGGUGAAGGUGGAGGUGGACGGGUACAUGGACUGCAAGGCCCCCGACGGCGCCACGGUUCACUCCUCCGGCAACGACACCUUUGAGAUGCCCGGCGGCAAGGCCUACUUCAUCUGCACCUUCCCCGGCCACUGCGAGAAGGGCAUGAGGAUCGGCAUCCCGCCUAGAUAGAUAGGGGCGUUGACUGGCUGAUAAAUAGCGCGACGUGCUCUCUCGAUGGCUAGUUGAACGAUAAAUAAACCGAGGGUGCUAGGGUGAUGGAAUGUUUGUCUGCACGUCCAGGAUGUUUCUACCGUUAGAGGUGAGCGAUUAAAAAGGGAAUGAGGCUAGAUUUUGCGCCAUCCCAUGGCGGUAGAUUUUAGUCUCCCGCCAUCUCUGCCGAUUCCACCCUGCACCGCCGCACCCCCCUCCUUUGCGCUAAACUUGGUCUGGUUCACUGGAAAAGAUCUAUUUCAGCGUUUCUAACGAGCCAGGCUCUUUAAGGUUCGGACUCAGAUGGGGGGCACAGAACAUGCAUCAGGAUCACCAGGACCCCAGGUUGAAGGCACGUCAUCGUCAUCAUCGCUCCUUUCUCACCAGAGCCAAAUAAACUUAUCGUCAUCGCCAGGCAGACAUGACGUCUCUUUCAAAUUUAUUUAUUUAAACAAAUCACUAACGAAAAUUACAACUGAGUGAAGAAGUCGUCGUGUCAAGUCCCCAAAGAGCAACCAUCACCAACUAUGAGAAACAUGGAUCGGAAGAGUCAUACUUGUAAGCACACAAACACGAACAAUGGCUGACCGAAUCCAACGCGUGCCAAAGCAAAGCAGAUUCAUCGAAGACCAGUGCCGACCGAAUCCAAAGAGAUCCGCCGGAGACAAACAUCAACGCACACCCUCCACCAAUGCUAAAAGCACCACCAGGUAGGGGAGGACAUUAUUCUAACUCUGGGCUGCUGCCAUGCCACCACCUCACUGCCCCAACCAAGAUUUUAAAAGUACCUAUGUCACCAGAGGUGAGUCGGACCAGCGGCGCCGACAAGAGGACAGAAACCCUAAUCUCCUCCAAAGAACCU